AUGUCAUCAUCAGCAACAGCUCAAUUAAUUGUUACUAUUUCCCAAUAUAUUAUGAUUGAUGUUGGUUUUUUUGUUUUAUUCAUGGGGAUGAUUGGUAACACGAUAAGUAUUGUCGUAUUACACAAGCUUCGACUCUUUCGAGGAAAUCCAUCUGUUUUUUACUUCACUAUCGAAUCUAUCGGUAACUUAGCUCAACUUCUUAUUAAUUAUCCAACACGAAUUAUGAUGGAUGGAUUUACCAUUGAUUAUACGAAUAUAUCAGUGGUUUGGUGUAAAAUUAGAGCAUUUCUCGCUCCAGUUCUUACUCUCAUAUCUAUAUAUACAGUAUGUUGUGCAUCUUUUGAUCAAUAUCUUUCAACACAUCAUCAAACCUAUUUGAGACAAAAAUGUACACUCUCUUUAGCCAAAUAUCUUACUUUUACCACUAUUUUCUUCAUCAUUCUACAUGGUAUUCCAUUUAUUAUUCUCUUUGAUCUACCAUCUUUAAUGGUCUGUACAACUUAUAACACGAUAUUCAGUCGAUACUAUUCAUCUGUUUACUAUCCCGUUGUACAAGGUGCAUUGCCCAUGAUAAUCGCAUCUUCAUUCAGUUUAUUGGCUUUUCUAAAUGUUCGCCGAGUUAUUCGACAACGAAUUCGAAUUGUACGUCGUCGACUCGAUCGACAACUCACAGCCAUGGUUCUUGCUCGUGCCACUUGCCUUGUAGCUCUCAUUCUGCCCUAUACUUUGUAUCGAAUAUAUAUACUUAAUAUAACUGUCAAUCAAGAUCAACAAGUUUUAUUGGCCAUUAAUAAUAACCUUUUUCAAUCGGUCACCAUUACACUUUUCUAUGUUAACUACGCAGCAAACUUUUAUAUUUUCAUGGGAACAUCAUCACGUUAUCGGCAUCAAGUAAAGCAUGUCAUAGUGAAAAAGUUUUGGUUACCAUUCAAACACUGGCUUUGUGUUCAAUUAAAAUGUGCAAAUGAACAUCGUGUUGCACCUGAGGGAACUCCAUCUUAUGAAAGUUCUAUCGAAUUAGAGUAA